AUGGUGAAAGAAGGUGCGAAAGAGAAUACGAUCAAGUGCGAUAAGAAGAAACAGCAAUUGACAAUGAAGAUGGCCAGUAUUAAGAAGAAGAGCAUGGAGCUCUCCUCCCUCUACGACAUCGACGUAUGUUUUCUCAGUUUGGAAGAAAAUGGAAGAAUAGAGUCUUGGCCGGAUAAUUUAAAUCAAGUUAAGCCCAUUCUUGAACGCUACAAAAAAGAAGUUUCAAAGAGGAAGAUGAAGAUGUCCACUACUACUGCAGCAACAGAUCAUGUUCAAACAUCUGGAUUCUCUAAAGCUAGAAUCGGAUCUCUACUUGAUGGGUUGUCUCAGAAGUUUUUGAAAAUAUUCUCGAAUCAAAUUGCAGAAAAAAUAGAGUUGAUUGACAACCAAUUAUCAUCCAAGAAUCAAUCUUUGCCCUUAUUAAACUCGGAAGAGGAGAUGACGACCCUUCACUCCAUGACACGUCUGGUGUAG